AUGCAGUGGACUCUGCUUCUGCUCAUUUGGAUGACUCAGUGUUGUUUCAUUGACUGUCAGCUCUAUCAGUUUCACUACAUUAAUGAAGCAAAGAACUGGACUGAAGCUCAGCAGUACUGCAGAGAGAAACACACUGACCUGGUCACAGUGACUAACAUGAAGGACAUGAAGAGACUCAUCAACAUCUCAGCUGGAGAUCAGAGCGGAGCUUGGAUUGGUCUGUUCAGUGAACCAGAAUUCAAAAGAACAUGGCACUGGUCUCAAUCUGAAGUGAAGUUCAAUGAAAUUGAGACAAACUGGAACACAAACGAGCCAAAUAAUGAAGGUGGGAUGCAGAACUGUGGAAUCAUAUGGAAGAACCUGAAGUGGGGAGACGCGUACUGUGAUGCUCGUCUAUAUUUUCUCUGCUAUGACGACAGAAAUUCAUCCAAGAAAUUCCACUUGAUUCAAGAAAAUAAAACCUGGACAGAAGCUCAGAGUUACUGUAGAGAGAAACACACAGACCUGAUCAGUGGAACGAAGCAGAUAGAGGAUGAAGAAGUGAAGAAUGAAAUCAGCCAUGUGGGAAGUUAUACAUACAUUUUAACUGGUCUGUUCAGAGACACCUGGAGGUGGUCAGAUGGAAGCAGUUUCUCUUUCAGACACUGGAAUAAAGGGUUCGACUAUCAGGCAAGGUAUGAUGGUCAAUGUGCCUUGACUGUGUUUGAUGAUGGAGGCAGAUGGAGGAAUGAGAACUGUACUGAAAGAAAACCCUUCAUCUGUUAUGAUGAAACUAAUACAACCCAUAAAUAUCACUUGAUUAAAGAGAUGAAGUCCUGGCAGGAAGCUCAGAGUUACUGCAGAGAGAAACACACAGACCUGAUCAGUGGAACGAAGCAGCUACAGGAUGAAGAAGUGAAGAAAUUGAUGAACUCUUCAGAUGGUAGAGCAUACACUGGUCUAUUCAGAGACAACUGGAGGUGGUCAGAUGGAAGCAGUUUCUCUUUCAGAUACUGGAAUAAAGGGUUUGACAUUCAGGUAAGCAACAGUGGUCAAUGUGCCAUGACUGAGUUUGAUGGUGGAGGCAGAUGGAGGAAUGAGAACUGUGAUGAAAGAAAACCCUUCAUCUGCUAUGAUGAUAAGUAUAUCCUGAUCAACAAAAAUAAAACCUGGGAGGACGCCUUGAUCUACUGCAGAGAUCAUCAUGAUGACCUGGUCACCAUCACCAACAUGGAUCAACAGAGAGCUGUCCAGCAGGAAGCCCAAUUUGCCUCGACUGAUUAUGUCUGGAUGGGACUGAGCUACGCCUGCACUCUGGAUUUGUGGUUCUGGGUCAGUGACGAGGUGGUCAGAUAUAAGAACUGGGCUUUAGAUGGACCGAUGGACGACUGUGACAUGUCUGGAGCCAUGGCGACAAAAGGGAACCAUCAGUGGUGUAAAAAGGAUGAUACUGAGAAGUUUAAUUUCAUCUGUUCUACAUAGAGGCCAGUAGUAUAGUUGCUGUUAACCAGGCAUCAUUAGACUUUUAAU